AUGUAAACCAAUUAUUCACCUCCUUCAACUCCUUCAAACAUCUUGGAAAAACUCAAACAUUAUAGAAAAAGCUAAAUGUCUUCUGUUUUACGAAAUCUAUUGAACAGUCCUCCAAGCAGACCUACUACUAUGUAAAAACCCUAAUCUAAGUUACAAUCCUUCUCAUAGCGAACAUCGCCAGUUCCAAAAGAUUUGUCAGUAUUUGAAAGAACUCAAGAUCAGACAGUAAAACAUCUAGACUUCAGUAAUCUCCAUGAAUUUGAGAUCAGAACCCCAAACAUGACUCCCCAUUCACCUUUGAACUCAAAAAAUCAGAUGAGCAGAGAACAAAAAGUGAAUUCCUUCAUCAAUACAUAAAGAUUUAACAAGAAUGACAAGAGAUACAAUAUAGCUCUAUUUUUUGAAGAGAAUUCACUCAUCUUUUAGGACAUAAUUAGAAGGAAAGAUGUUGAACGAAUUGUUAAUCUGUUUUUAACUCCUAUGCUUCUGGCAUAAUAAGAAAAUUUAACUGAAACCUUUUCAGAAAUGAUAUUGUUCUUAGCCACUUUCUUCCUAGAUUGCCAAGAAUAUUCAAAAGCUACCUAUUUUCUUAAGGAUUGCUAUACGCUAUCAAAUCUAACUCGUAAUCCAUUAUUGAAGGUCAAAACUCUAUUAGCUUUAGCAUAAUGUGCUAAACAGUAUAAGUUAUUUGACUAGCAAAUACUUAUUGUCCAAAAAGCCUUGAUGUAUUCAUGGGCAUUUGAUUAUCAUGAUCUUGAAAUUCAAUGUUAUGAUGCCAUGGGAAUUGCAUACUUUUAUCAAGGCAAUAUUUAGAGGGCUGAAUUUUAUCAUUAGAAAUGGACAAGCGGAUUUUUAGAAUCACCAAAGUCUUAUUAUAGGGUUACAGCCUUAGAAUUCAUUUCUAUGUUCGAAAAAACACUCCCAACUAAAGCCAUAGACUUUAUGUCUUCUAUUCAAGGAUCUAUUAAUAUUCCAUUUAUCAAUAUUGCCAAUGGCAAGUAUUAUGAUGACAGAAGAAUUAUUAAGUACAACAAUUGUAAUCCUAUUGAAAUACUUACAACACUUGUUGCAACUAAAGAAUUCAAAGAAUUCAAUUUAGUUCACCAUGAAUAAACUUAAACAAUAAAUACAAUUUACAAGAGACAACCAAAAUUACCAAAAAAGAUACUAGAAAUAACAGAAAAAUAUCAUUAGAACAAAGAAUUGUAUGAGUUUGACCAUAAAAUUUAUGAUAAUCCAAAAUAUAAAUUAUCCUUAUAAUAGUAAGUAAAUCAUAGAAUAACAUAAUCGUUUUCAUUGCAACACGUGAACUAAAAUAUUCGUAAAUUCAUUGCAACCUAAAGAGAACCAUUUAUCAAGGCAUAGCAAAUCUAUAUCAGAGCAAAUAAUAUUUAAAAAGAAUUCAUCCCAGCAUUUGUAGCUAGAUAUAAAAAGAUGCUUUUACAGAUACUAAAAUGA